ACCAUUUCCCCAGCGGCAUUUUUACUCUAACCGUACUCGAGUUAGGUUCAUUAACUUCGUGCCGGACAGAUGAACGAUUUAUAGACCCGUUCCGAACGCGUUUAACCUGGUUUCGGGAGUUCCGAGGCGGGCGGGGAUGAGAAACGGGAGCAGAUGCCUCUGGUGUCAUAAUGUUACGGUGAUUUGACGCUGUUUCGUUAUUUCCACAUCGUUUCAUUGAGCGUCAGAAUGGAGCGCAAAAUCGAACAGGACGAAAGUUGGACCGACUCCGGGAUCGACUCGUUUAAAUCGAUUCCAAGAGAUCAGUACCCGAGUUUGGAGACUUCUGAGAAGGAUAAGCAGAGCUGCGGGACGGAAGAGAGGCUCGACUCCGCGUACGUGUCGUCAUCGUUAACGACGGACAGUUUGGAUGAUUUGAUCGAUAAAUGUCGGAUUUCUGAAGCGACUGAAUGUGAAUGCACGGAGGAGGAAGUGAAUCUCUUAACCACUCUUACCGAAGACGGAGACACGAUUCUGCAUUUGGCCAUCAUCCAUGAAGAAGAAGACUUUGCACAUCAGUUGAUAGAUCUCUUCCCUCACGAGCUGCUGGACAUUCAGAACAACUUAUAUCAGACACCGCUGCAUCUGGCCACCUACCUGAAUCAGCCCAGCGUCGUGAAAAAGCUUCUGGUGAAAGGGGUCUCGCUUGACCUCCAGGACCAGGAGGGAAACACCCCACUUCAUGUGGCGUGCGAGCGUGGCCUGUGGGAGUGUGCAUGCGAGAUGGUCCACGACGUCUCUGCCAACAAGCUCGCCCACGUGACUGAGGCACAGAACUGGAGAGGCCUCGCUUGUCUCCAUUUGGCCACUCGGCACAAACAUCAUCGUCUCAUGCGACUCCUCAUGAAGAAAGGUGUUGACCUGAACAUACAGGAGGGUACGAGCGGGAAGUCUGCACUGCAUAUGGCCGUGGAGCUUCACGACGUGUCCGCAGUCACCCUUCUGCUGAACAAAGGGGCUAAUGUAGAUGCUGCCAUGUUCAAUGGAUGCACCGCCCUGCACUUGGCAGUGGGCAGACAGGACGCGUCUAUUGCCAACCUUCUGUGCCAGGCUGGAGCCGACAAGAUGAUCAGAAACCUGGAGGACGAAACAGCCCUGGAUUUAGCAGAUGGCAACGAUGAUAUAUUGGCUCUCUUUCCCUUUGAUGAUAUUCAGAUCAUGGGCAGGACAGUAAUGAACUUCUGAACGCGUGAACAUGUGUUCAUUAAAAGAAGCCAAAAACUGAUCUGGGACUUUUAUUCUGCACAGUAUUUGGACACAUCCAACUACACCUACAUUUAAUUUAACGGCGGCAGUUAUUUCAGUCCUUUUACUGCUGCAUUUCACGUUUCGUCAUUAAGAAAAACAGACGUUAUGUGUAAUAAACAAUUUCUGUUCAACAACCUCCCUGUAAAUGCCAGACAGAAAGCAUUCUGGUGUGUAUCUAGAUGUAUAUCGUCAUGAAAUAGAGAUGUUUUUUUGUCGUUGUUUUUUGUAGUAAUACUGUGCUGUUGCAAGAUGAUAUUUUUUUUUCAGCGAACAGGUCAUUGUGCCAAUAAAAGCAGCUUUGAUAUUUAA